CCCGUAGCAGUGCAUGAUAUGGAACUCGAAUUGCCCUCUUCGCCGCCGCCGGUAGAGCAGACGCUCGCGGCACGCAGAGCAAGACGACAAGCAAUCCUAGCGAAGUACGCCGGCGUCGCUAGCUCAGUUCCCAGUCAAGGUGUUUCGCCCAGUCCAGGACCUAGCAGUGCGGUCGAGCCGCCUCCCGACUCCCCUACUGUUUCUAACACCAUAUCUCAGUCUCACAGCACUAUCGGAACGCCUGCUAUAUUUGAUCACGACCGCAGCCUCCGUGAGUCGCUGACGGCGUCACCAACUCCCGCGAUAUUUUCAUUGGCGAAAGAAGAGGAGGAAGCGCGGAAAGAAUCGUCACAGGACGGCACUCAUGACCAAAUGCUCGCUGCUGAUUAUGAUCCCAGUCUUGAUCGCCGCGAGGACGAACAAAGGCGUGUGCUUGGCGUGAAAGAAGAACCCGCUGAAGCCGUGCAAGUAGUCGAAGAGGAAGAGGAGGAAGAGGAAGAUGUCGAUGACAUGUUCGCAAUUGCAACGACAGAUAAGAAGAAGGUCAAGAAGAUCAAGCGAGUCAUCGUAUGUGACAUUUCUGUGAAACCUACUGCACCUGCACUGAUCACAACAACGCUGGACUCUGCCGCUGACUCAGAAGGAUACUAUCAAAUCAUAUUAGGAGAGCAACUCGAUGGUGGACGAUAUCAGGUAUUCUCUUCCCUCGGCAAGGGUAUGUUUGCCAACGUCGUUAGAGCUCGUGUACUGCAAGGCGAAGUUGGGGAGGCUGGCAAGGAGGUUGCUAUCAAGAUUGUGCGAUGCCAGGAAUCAAUGUACAAGGCGGGUACGAAGGAAGCACAGAUUCUCUACAAGUUGAAGCAGGCAGAUCCUGAAGACAAGAAGCAUAUCGUACGUCUUGAACGAACAUUCGAGCAUCGCGGUCACCUCUGUUUAGUCUUUGAGUCGCUUAGCAUGAAUCUCCGAGACGUGGUGAAACGUUUCGGUAAGGACGUCGGCCUGAACAUCAAGGCCGUUCGCGCAUACGCGCAUCAGUUGUUCCUUGCUAUGGGUCUAUUGCGGAAAUGCAACAUUAUGCAUGCAGACAUCAAGCCCGAUAACAUCCUUGUGAAUGAACAGAAGACACUGCUCAAGCUGUGUGAUCUAGGCUCAGCGUCAGACGCGUCGGAAAAUGAGAUCACGCCCUAUCUCGUUAGUCGAUUCUAUCGGGCUCCGGAGAUCAUCCUAGGCGUCCCAUACGACCCUGCGUUGGAUAUCUGGUCAAUUGGGUGUACGCUAUACGAACUGUACACUGGCAAGAUUCUCUUCCCGGGUCGGUCAAACAACCAGAUGCUCCUCCUCAUGAUGGAACUCAAGGGCCGUUUCAACUCGAAGUUGAUCAAAAGGGCGAAGUUCGGUAGUCUGUACUUCGACGACUUGGGUGCAUUCCAGAGUGUCGAGAUGGACCGCGUGACAGGAGCUGAUGUGGUCCGUCAAGUCCACAUGACUGCGCCUCUUAAAGACCUCCGCCAGCGGUUGAUGCCUUCUACUUCCAUCAAACUCAAGGAUGACGAAGGCAAGCUUCUAGCGUCGUUUAUCGAUCUCCUUGACAAGUGCCUCGCCCUUGAUCCCGCGAAAAGGAUUACACCUAAAGAGGCACUCACGCACCCCUUCAUACGCGGGUGACAGGGAUCCAUAUGGGUGCCAAGGACUUGGGGUAUGGUGUUUGAAAUACGGUACAGGCCUCGACGGUUAUGGGUCCAGUGCUUCUAAUUAUUCAUGUGUCUCUAGAGUUCAGUCAUCUUGUAGAUGUAUAUCCUCCACUUUGUGGUGUCCGCACCUUCCCGCGAAUGUAUACUACUAGCCUUCCAUCUUGUGAUCGAGAAGGUCAGCUGAACCUCCC